AUGUUUGUACAGAUUUCGCUCUUUUGUUUUAUCUUUGCCACGUGCUCCGCAGGCAUAAGUCAUUAUCCCCACCCGCAAAAUAAAUAUGACGUAGACUAUUAUGCUUACCCAAAAUACCAAUUUAAAUAUGGUGUAAAUGAUCCUUAUACCGGCGAUAAAAAAUCACAGUAUGAGACAAGAGAUGGUGACAAAGUGAAAGGUAGCUACCAGGUACACGAUCCUGAUGGUACACUCCGAACAGUGACAUAUACAGCUGAUGACCACACAGGAUUUGUUGCUAAAGUAGACAAAGCUGGUACAGCUAUCCACCCUCAGGCAUAUCAUAAAAUAGACGCAACAUCAUAUUCAAAAACAGGGCAUCCAUCAUAUCAUUAAGUUGAUUUUAUCAAUAUUUUUUAUAAAUGAAUUGCAUGAGA